AAAGAGUAUCAAAAAAUCGGACAGUGACAUAAGCAAACAGUCGGUAUGAAUUAAAUUUGCAGUUCAAUUUGAUGACGACUCUGGGGAGCAUGAGUUCCGUGGCUGCUGAAAAUGUCAUUUACGUUGACGAAUCAGAGCUUAAUCCGAUUGGAGAGCUCCAAGGACGCGGAUGAAUGGAAUCGUACAUUAAUGUUUUUCAAUGUCGAUAUUUCGGGCGGAGUGUGCCGUGACCACCAAAACCAGAUUACGCCGCCAAGGACCUCCGUUUGCCAUGGAAAGCGACGAGCACCCGGCGGAGGAUUGUCUAAUCCAAUUACGGAGAGUGCGAUGUCAUUUGGGGCACCCAAUAAAUUCUAUACUCACGGACAUGCUGAUUUGGAUCAUCGGAACUAUUCGCCACGAGCUCCUGACCGUCGCAGAGAUAACUUUGCCUAUUCCGACAGACGUCGUCACUACCAUUAUGGACCAAUUAAACAAGGACGAAGUCGUGCCGAAAUGGGUUUAGUUUCCCCCUCUCCAUCGGUCGAUUCUGCGGAUUACUAUGCGAGUAAAAGGAUCCACUUUCCAGACUUUGAGACGGGGAAAACGUGUGAUAACUAUUAUCCAUAUGCAUCCCAUGAAAUGGAGGAGGAUGAGCCCCAUCGAGUCGUCCCAACCACUCCAAGAAUAAACAACGAAUAUGAAAGUCCUCUUGACCACUUUUCUAAUGGUCGAAGGUUAAACAACAGACACCACAGAAAAUCUGAAAGGGACUAUCGCUAUCUCCACCUCAAACACCCAAGUCAAGAUGAUUACCAUCGGGAUGUCAUAGGAACUGUUCCGCGUCAGUUAAGAUCCAGUUCCUAUAGGAUGAAACCGAAUUAUAGGCAGGCAUCGGGAUCUUUGCCACCCAACUAUGCCUCAAAUUAUUACGCAGAUGACUCCACGGAAUACAGGAGUGACGAUGACUAUAAUGGACCCCCUGAAAAACACAAGAAUUAUAGAGAGUAUUAUGAAGAACCAACGCGUGAAGCCUACCAAAAGCCAUAUGAAGAGUUCCACGACUACGAGUACCCAGAUAACAAAGAAACUAGAAAAGCACAUCCAUUUCGGAAACCUCAACCUCACUACUACAAAAGUUAUGCUAAAGGACAUUCCCAGAGCUAUCCAACCAAAAUUUAUAAGCCUGAAAGGAAAUCAAAAGUCAACGAGCUUAUAGAACCGCCUUUUACAGAAGUCGAAACUCUUCAUGAGAAAUCAAAUAGAAGUAAACGCAAUAAACGGCCAGAAGAAAUUCUACGUAGGAAUCAUUUGAAAGAGAGAAGAGAAGAGCCAAUAAAUUACGAAGAAAUUUCAAACAACAUUUUCCGUCUUACUCAGCCCAAAAAGUAUGCUAAAGUCCAAGAUGAUAGAUUUAAUAUGGAAGAGAAUUCUCAUAGAGCCUCUGAAAACCAAUAUAAACUGCACACCUACGCAGAACGUUCUUUAUCUAGCACCCAUAAAAAAAUAUUCAAAGAAGAACUUCCUCACAGAUAUCGCCCGAAAAAAGUUAUAGAUGAAAUACCUAAGCCACAUAGAAGCUUAAGAACUGAAACUUUUGGACAGUACGACAUAUCGAACGGGGAAUAUGGUAGUUAUAAAACGCGUAGUCAUAAACCAGAUAGAAAAAAGUCGGUUGACUUUGUUCGCUUCACAGACUUCAACGAUGGCUCAGAAAUUCCGCAUAGAAUACGUGACAGCGGUCAAUCCCCAUCGUCCAUAUUUUUCACCAUCGAGAUACCGUAUAAAAAGAAGCAACGAAGAUAUACCAAUUCCCAAAAAGAGGAGUAUAUACCCGAUAGAUCACAUUCGGGCUGUGAUACUUUUGCCGAUAAGUCAUUUAGGCCGCAAACAUCACUUUAUGAUGUUGGUAAAGAUCGAAAGCGAAAAACAAUGAAGCAGAAAAUAUCUGGCUUUUUUAAACGGUCAAAACUGCGCUUGUCGAAGUCGCACAUUUUUAGCAACAAAUCCAAAGUGUUGAAGAAUUGUAAAACAGGGCAGCCAAUUUUAAACUGUGCCCAAAUAUCUAAUCAGAGGUCCGAAUUCAUAUUAAAUUCUCGGGUAGCAAGUGAUCACUCCUUGGGUUCCGAAAAUCUAGAAGUUCCGUCUCAGGAUGGUGAAACCCAAAGAUAUGGCUUAAAAAGGGGCAAGGAGUGCCAUUAUCCCACUGUUUACAGGGGAACCAACAAUCAGCUGCCCGAAAAUAACAAAGAGAUCUUUCACCAGUACUCCAUGUACAAUGUUCUGAGCUCAACCAACCAACGAUCGAAGGUAAAUAACGAUGACUAUGACCACUUCGAUUGGGAAUUAAGUAAACGAACCAGUCAAUAUUUCAGGCCAACUGCUGAUUUGCCUACAAAGGAAUUCGAUCGCGUGUCCAGUGGAAAUUGCAGUCUCUACAGUGAGAGAAAAAGUGAAGAUCCCAUUGGGACAAGUGAAAUUAACAUCUGCCUAACGAUUCGGGCCACUGAUGUGAGUUUGACGGGCAGUCCGCGCAUUGUGUCAUCAAAAAUCGUUGGGGAGCGCGGCAUAUCCUGUAAAAGCAAUAAUGUUGAAGCUAAAGUAGCCGCUCUUUCAGAAUUGAGACAAAGUAGUGGAAGCACAAUUUGUGAAAGUGCUAGUGGGGAAAACCAAUUCAGAAAUGUCAGGUUUUCCCCCUCGCACUUUGACCACAAAAGUGGUUCCUCUACCGAAAACAGCUCCGCAAGCAGUUCGUCAAGAAUUCAAGCGGCCACGAAUUCUCAAGAUCAUUUCAGCAAAAGGAUGAGCAUUAUGGCCAGUUCCAAGCCACCCGAAAUGCCUGGAAGUAUCAGCAUUUCUUCAGAGCACCUUCCUCCUCGUCAUCACCACGUCACCAGAUGGAGCUUGACCAGUCAGUCCAAGUCUCAUAGUUCUAAACCAGAUCCAGACCACUGCUGGUCCUCUAGACCACCGACUUUGUUGCCAAGCGAUGUAACCAAAAGGUCGAGCCUAAAAAGGAUGGAUAACAGCCUCGAAAAAUCAGCGCCCAAGAAGGUAGUCCUGCAAACAAAUAGCUCGCAAAGUUCACUUAGUGGGACAAUAUGCAGUUCUGGUAGCAGUACAAAAUCAGUUUGCACAAGGGAAAACCAAGACAGGAAGAACGAUGACAGAAGUGAAUGCCACAGAUCACAAAGUCACAAUUUUCAGUUUGGAGAGGAGAGGAAAUAUGAGGUAUUCCCAAGAAAGACUAGUAGUUGGCCGCGCCAAAGUCCACGAAGUUUCCCAGAACCACCGAUCCACAUUACAGAUCCUAAACCUUUAGGAAAAGGGUUCUUGUCACCCAAAACAUCCACUCAAAGUUUAUUAUCCACCAUAAGUAGAUGCUCCAGUGGUUUCUCACCAGGAAAUAAUGUACAGGAAACUAGCCACAAGCCGAAAAAUAUGCAAAUGGUUUGCUAUCCCGAUGCCGAUCCCAAGUCAUCGUAUCCUGGCCAGCCUCAGAGUGAAUAUGAAAGCAGAUUCACAGCUACGCGAGGUAUGGAUAGCACAAAAUCAAGCAAUCGAGGGGAUCUUUGUUGUCCGAAGCUAUUUACCGAUGUGGAGAAGGAGUCCUUCAGCCCGAAAAGCAUUGUGGAGGAGCUAAAACGAGAGCUCUUGCAGAGCUUCAGAGUCGACGAGCAAAUUAGGAGUCAAUCUCCUUUCCUUCGACCCACUCCGCACAUUAUGAUAUUCCCCUGUCCACCCGAUGUCCUGUACCAGCCGAGGGUCAACAUGAAACUGAAUCCCAAUCUAUUCCGUAGUCCAGAAUCUGUGAUGUGCUGGACACCUUGCCCCAAGCCACAGAACUCUGCCACUUCAAAGAACUUGCAUUUAUCACACUCAGCAUACCCGCAGUAAGACAUACCUCCAAAAGUUUUGAUUAAGAUUUAAUAAA